UUUUUCCACUGUGAUGAAACUUGAUGAAAUAAUGUCGUAAAAAAAAUGCUUUUUCAUCAAAAAAAAUUCAAUAAGUAACAGGGCGCGAUAAGUUUGUUUUAUAUUCAAAGGUGACUUUUGCAUAGUAGUAAGUAUAAAAAAAAUAUAGUUGAAAAUAUAAUAUGAGAUGGGAUUUUUUUUUUCGAAUAAUGAUCUUUGUUUUCUUGCAUUUCUUUGUAGGCUAAGUUUUGAACACUUAUUUCCACAGCGGAAUUGUGUGAAUGAGAAUUUGCAGUGUCUCUUUUCUGUGCUUCAUAGAAAUAAUAAUCACAGACUAAUAAAAGCAUGCUUUCCUCAGGUUUCGCAAAAAUACAGUAUUAAGACUGAGUACUACUUGCAGUCAAGCCGCUUUCUUACGAAAAAGAAAAAACAUACUAUUUAGGAGAUAUGGUGUUAAGCUAGCUGUUUCGUUUAUGACACAUUUUUUUACUGAAGGUUUCAAUAAGCAAAAUUAAAUAAACUAGUCGUUAGCCCGUGGAAAAAUCCACGGGUUCGCCCGUCGCUAAGCUACAAUUUUGCGUGACAGACAGACGGACGGACGGACGGACAGACACACGUAUACGGGCAUUAUAAUAUAGAUAAAACGAAUUUGUUAUAUGUUUUUUUCUCUAAUUUGAUGUUAUUGUAAUUCUAACGAUGAUUAUACAAUGUGAAAGAACGUGCAGAGAAAAAAAACCGGGUCAAAUGCGCUAAGUGACGGAAAAAUUGGAUAGUCAAAGGUUAUUUUAAAGUUUACCGUGCUUUUAAAGAAUGUCCAAAAGAAUGAAUAAAAAUACAACGACUAAUGCAUUCAAAGGAAAAUUCCUUUUGCUUAAUGUUAAAAGGUCAUUGCAUAUGAUUGAAGUGGAUGACAUAAGGUAUAAACUUUCUAUUUAAGCAAGUAACGUAUAUUGAAGAGAGCAUAGAAGAUCUUACUUCACUAACCUUAAAAAGAUCAAACGCUUUCUAUGGCAAAAAUUUGAGUCAAUACAGAGUUUUAGAAGACAAACAAAAUUAGUUUGCCAAAGGGAAAGAUGAUAUAAAGUAUAAACUUUUUAAUUUAAGGAAAAAGUAACGUAUAUUGAAGAGAGUAUAGAAGAUCUUACACUAUGGUGCAAAGCCGAAACAGAAGAACACACAGACCUCGAAAUGGUGGCUUCAGACGAAGAAACUACAUGCACAACAAAUCCAUGCAACAAAAUGCAGAAAAUGAGAAAAAUAAAAUCGACAAUCAUAACUGGAACGUUGACACCUCUAUAGCUGACAAUCAAAUACGAGAUUUGUUCACCAAACAAUCAUACUUUUCUUCACACUAUAAUGCUCAAAACGAACUUCCUCACCGAUAUUUUGCUUGUCUGCACGUCCUCUUAAAAAAUCGUGUCGAGAUAUUAGAAAAUUCAAAGUCAUUGUCAUUGGCUGCAGCAUGGGCUCGGAAAGAUUAUACAAUGGCAGAGUACUUGCUGAAAGUUCCUGAUGAAAAAUUUGGUAUUAAGGAAGUAUUGAGAGCGGUGACCAUAUUGGAUUCUGCGCGAAACAAAAGAGCACAGGAAAGAUUACUAAAACGUUUAGGAUCACAAAAUUGCAAAAAGAGGGGAAAAUUGAUGAUGUUGAAGUCUCUUAUUGGAUCAAUCAAAGCUGACAUUCCAAUGGCUGGCUCAUUAAGUGGAGCAUUAAUCAAACAUAUCAAAUUAUGGGUACGCACGAUUCCUGUCGAACGAUUAGAAUUCUACGCCAUGCAUUUUCCCUCGGAACCAUGGAAGAAACUAGCAAAUGUAUGCCACUUAAAUCCCAAAAAAGAUUUUCCACAGUGCACGUGGUUUCUGCCAUUUUGUUUUGAAAAGACUACAUUGCCAGAAACAAUCUUGCUUUCGGGAAUAGCUAAUUUGAACAGCGAAAAUAUUAAUGAGGUUAUAAUGAGGACAGAUAUUGACUACACGAUUGCAAGAAAAUGGGUGGGUUAUUUAACAAAUGAAGCGAAAAAAAGAAUUGCAAGUUACAGUAAAAUCGAUACAGUACUAUGGUACUUUGAAGAGCUACAAUGUGACUUGGUGGAGAAGGUGUUGUACGAGCGCUUACUAAGUAACGAAGAAAUCAAAUUGUCGUAUGGAAAGUUAGUCGAGAGAAUCAUUCACUUCAAAGGAAGAACUACUUUGGUGCAGGCUGAUAAAAGGUUACAGAGUAUGGAAUUCGAAAUGGACUCCCCUGUGGUAGUGAUAGGGGACAAAUCAGGUUCGAUGGAGGUCGCUAUUCGCACUAGUACAAUCAUUGCUAGCUUAGUGGCUGCAGCUACAAACGCUGAUCUAGUAUUUUUUGAUAACAAGAACGUGAUUCCUUCAUUUAUACCGAAAAAUGUAGCAGACGUUCUGCGUUUAUGUGACGAGAUCAAAGCUGAGGGAGUAACCAUCCCUGCUGCAAGUCUCUAUCCGUACUAUGAAGAGAAAAAAGUCGUAAAGACGUUUGUUGUCGUCACUGAUGAAGAAGAAACAGGAGUCUGUCAUGGCGAUAGGUUCGCACACUUAUUCAAAAAAUAUUAUGAAGAAGUUUAUCCAGCACGCUUGGUAUUUGUUUCAUUCCUGGAACAAUCCGAAUCGGGAGAAAUGAUCACCAUGUUAAAAGAACAUGCACCAGAUAUAUCACCAAUGCAAUUCCGGUUCAACAUAAAUUGUCCCGAUUUGACAAAACUGGAUAACGUAUUUGGUUUAUUAUCAAGCAAAAGCGAAGGUUUUUCGAAACAAGUUAGCAACGCAGAAAAUUUGUUUCGACAGAAGGAUAUAACGAAAGCUGUGGAAAGGUUAAAAAUAUAAUUUUUAUAUAUGUAGUUAAAACGCCUAUCUUUUUUAAUUAUUUGGAAAUAAUUUCUUCUGCUGAGUAAAUGUAUUUUAUGCGUUAUAUUAUAUAAGGUAUCUUGAUUUUACUUCGCAA